AUGCUUCAAUUGGACUACAAGGGUCAAAAACUUGCAGAACAGAUUUUUCAAGGAAUCAUUCUUGUUUCUGCGGUAAUUGGUUUUAUCUAUGGCUACAUUGCUGAACAGUUUGGCUGGACUGUCUAUAUAGUUAUGGCUGGGUUUGCUUUAUCGUGCCUGCUAACACUCCCUCCAUGGCCUAUGUACCGCCGCAAUCCUCUGAAAUGGCUACCUGUGCAGGAGUCAGGAACAGAAGAUAAGAAGCCUGCAGAGAGGAAAGUGAAAAGGCAUACUAAAAGUUGAACAUGAACUCUCAUGGUGUAAUACUGGAAAAUUUUGGUUCAUUAAAUGUUUGAGACAUUC